AUGGCGCCCAGUGCAGUCCCCGCCGAGCCCGUCCCUCAGGGCGUUGUGGCUACAAAGUCACUCAACGGCUCAAACAGCCAGUUCCAGCUCACCGACGCCGACAAGAAGGAGGUCGACUUCGUUCUCCGCACAUUCCGCUGUCUCAUCGCCGACUUGUGUGAGCAGUUCAAGGGCGGCCAUCCCGGUGGUGCCAUGGGCAUGGCUGCCAUCGGAACCUCUCUUUGGAAGUACAUCAUGAAGUACUCUCCCAAGAACCCCAACUAUUUCAACAGAGACCGUUUCGUUCUGUCCAACGGCCACACAUGUCUGUUCCAGUACAGCUUCCUGCACUUGACCGGCUACAAGCACAUGACCAUGGACCAGCUCAAGUCCUAUCACUCCAGCCGCACCGACUCUUUCUGCCCCGGCCACCCUGAGAUCGAGCACGAGGGUAUUGAGGUGACGACCGGCCCGCUGGGCCAGGGUAUCGCCAACGCCGUUGGUCUGGCCGCUGCUAGCAAGCACCUGGCCGCCACUUACAACCGUCCCAACUUCCCCGUCGUCAACAACAUGACCUGGUGUAUGAUUGGAGAUGCCUGCUUGCAGGAGGGCGUAGCUAUGGAGGCAAUUCAGCUUGCCGGCCACUGGAAGCUUAACAACCUGGUCGUCAUGUACGACAACAAUCAGAUUACUUGCGAUGGCAGCGUUGACCUCUGCAACACCGAGGACGUGAACACGAAGAUGCGUGCCUGUGGCUGGAACGUCAUUGAGAUAGAAGACGGCAACUGGGACGUCGAGGCCAUCGUUCGUGCCAUGGAUUCUGCUCGCAACAGCAGUGACAAGCCUACUUUCAUUAACAUCCACACCGUCAUCGGUAUUGGCAGUGCUGUCGCCGGCAACGCCAAGGCCCACGGUGCCGCCUACGGCCCUGCUGACGUUGCCAACAUCAAGAAGAACUUCGGCAUGGACCCCGAGCAGCACUUUGUCGUGUCUGACCAGGUUUACAACUACUUCCGCGAGGCUAUCCCCCGCGGUGAGCAGAUCGAGGCCGAGUGGAACCAGCUGGUUGAGGCUUACACCCGCGAGCACCCUGAGCUCGCUGCCGAGUUCAAGAAGCGUGUCGCUGGCGAGUGGACUGCGGACUGGCGCAAGUUUAUCCCCGCCAAGGAGGACUUCCCUACGACUCCCACUCCCUCGAGAAAAUCGGCUGGUCUCGUCUGCAACCCCAUUGCUGCUGGAGUCAACAACCUGAUGGUCGGUACCGCUGACCUGUCUCCUUCUGUCAACAUGAUCUGGAAGGGCAAGGUCGACUUCCAGAACCCGGACCUGAAGACGACUUGCGGCAUCAACGGCGACUACACCGGCCGCUACAUCCACUAUGGCAUUCGUGAGCAUGCCAUGGCUUCCAUCGCCAACGGUUUGGCUGCUUUCAACAAGGGUGCCAUCCUCCCCGUCACCUCAAGCUUCUUCAUGUUCUACAUCUACGCCGCCCCCGGUGUGCGUAUGGGUGCUCUCCAGCGCCUCCAGCAGAUUCACAUCGCGACCCACGACUCGAUCGGAACCGGUGAGGACGGCCCCACCCACCAGCCUAUUGCCCUGCCCGCUCUCUACCGUGCGAUGCCGAACCUUCUGUACAUCCGUCCCUGCGACAGCGAGGAGACGGCCGGCGCCUUCAUCGCGGCGAUGGAGGCCAAGGAGUCACCCACGAUCAUCUCUCUCUCGCGCCAGAACCUCGAGCAAUACCCCCAAUUCACUUCCCGCGACAAGGUGCUCAAGGGUGCCUACGUCUUCAAGGAGGAGCAGGACGCCGACGUCACGCUCAUCGGUGUCGGCGCUGAGAUGGUGUUUGCCGUCAAGACGGCCAAGCUGCUCGCCGAGAAGCACAACAUCAAGGCACGCAUCGUCAGCUUCCCGUGCCAGCGCAUCUUCGACAAGCAGUCGAUUGAGUACAAGCGCGAGGUGCUCCAGUACCGCUCCAAGGCGCCGCGUGUGGUUAUCGAGGCGUACGCUGUUAACGGAUGGGAGCGCUACGCCGAUGCCGGCUACUCGAUGAGCUCUUUCGGACACUCUCUCCCGGGCCCCGACGCGUACAAGUACUUCGGUUUCGACGAGAACGUCAUCGCCCCCGAGGUCGCCAAGCUCGUCGAGGAGGUCAGAGCCAAUGGCGUGGACAGCCUGCGGGGCGAGUUCCGGGACCUGAACCCCGUCCACCACCACUAA